GCCGACGCUGCCCAAGUCCAAGCCGAAGCCAGGGCCCGCGCGAGGCCUCUGUCCGCAUGGGAAGCCCAGAAGCAAGGGCCGGAGCUGCAAACGGAGCUCGGGCCGCCGUCCCAACGAGUAUGGCUCUCAGCGGCCGGUCACCGUGGACAGCUCCAAGGCCAAGACCUCCCUGGACGCCCUGAAGAUCAGCAUCCGCCAGCUCAAGUGGAAGGAGUUCCCAUUCGGUCGACGCUUGCCCUGUGACAUCUACUGGCAUGGAGUUUCAUUUCACGACAAUGACAUCUUCUCCGGUCAAGUGAACAAGUUUCCAGGCAUGACGGAGAUGGUGCGUAAAAUCACUCUGAGCAGAGCCGUGAGAAUCAUGCAGAAUCUCUUUCCUGAGGAGUACAACUUCUACCCUCGCUCCUGGAUUCUGCCUGACGAGUUCCAGCUCUUUGUGGCUCAGGUUCAAAUGGUGAAAGACGGUGACCCCUCCUGGAAGCCCACUUUCAUUGUGAAACCGGAUGGUGGCUGUCAGGGUGACGGAAUCUACCUCAUUAAAGACCCCAGUGACAUCCGCCUGGCAGGCACCCUCCAGAGCAGGCCAGCGGUGGUCCAGGAGUACAUCUGCAAACCUCUCCUCAUCGACAAGCUCAAGUUCGAUAUUCGUCUGUAUGUCUUACUGAAGUCCUUAGAGCCCUUAGAGAUUUACAUCGCCAAAGAUGGACUGUCUAGAUUCUGUACAGAGCCAUAUCAAGAGCCCAACCCCAAAAAUCUGCACCACAUCUUCAUGCACUUAACCAACUACUCCCUGAACAUCCACAGCGGGAACUUCAUCCAUUCGGACAGCGCCAGCACGGGCAGCAAACGGACCUUUUCUAGCAUUCUUUGUAGGUUGUCUUCCAAAGGCGUGGACAUCAAGAAGGUCUGGUCUGACAUCAUCUCCCUGGUGAUCAAGACUGUCAUCGCCCUGACUCCGGAGCUCAAAGUUUUCUACCAGUCGGACAUCCCCACGGGCAGGCCAGGGCCCACGUGCUUCCAGAUUUUAGGCUUUGACAUUCUUCUAAUGAAAAAUCUGAAGCCUAUACUCCUUGAAGUAAAUGCAAAUCCCAGCAUGAGAAUCGAACAUGAGCAUGAACUUUCUCCAGGGGUGUUUGAAAAUGUCCCCAGCCUUGUGGAUGAAGAAGUGAAGGUGGCUGUGAUCAGAGACACACUGCGCCUCAUGGAUCCACUUAAGAAGAAAAGAGAGAACCAGUCUCAGCAGCUUGAAAAGGCCGGAAAGGAUGAUCCCCUAGAGAGUGAGCCCACCAGUGCCCUGGACUGCAACGCCAGUCCUGAAGCCCACCUGCCCUCCAUUUGCCUCAAGCAGGUGUUCCCCAAGUACGCAAAGCAGUUCAACUACCUGCGCCUGGUGGACAGGAUGGCCAACCUCUUCAUCCGAUUCCUGGGAAUCAAGGGGACGAUGAAGCUGGGACCAACAGGCUUCCGUACCUUCAUAAGGAACUGCAAGCUCAGCAGCAGCAGCUUGUCCAUGGCCGCCGUGGACAUCCUCUACAUCGACAUCACGAGGAGGUGGAACUCCAUGACCCUGGACCAGCGAGACUCAGGGAUGUGUCUUCAGGCAUUCGUGGAGGCUUUCUUCUUCCUGGCUCAGAGGAAAUUCAAGAUGCUGCCACUGCACGAGCAGGUGGCCUCACUGAUCGACCUGUGUGAGUACCACCUGUCCCUACUGGAUGAAAAGCGCCUCGUGUGCGGCCGGAGUGGCACUUCCGGAGGCCGGCACCCCCACAGCAGCUCUCCCCAGGAGACCUCCCUCUCUGCCCAGCCGGCAAGAGGCAAGCCCCUACCCGACACAGACUGUGCCAGUAAGCUCUCCCCUCCCAGACACGCUCUGUCCUGAAGGCCACUCUGUCCCUGCAGAAGAAGAGGAUGCCCCUCAGGGCUGCAGAGAACCCGGGCUCCCUGCCUCUGUGGAGGGGCAGCCGCCGGCCUGCCGAGAAUCCCAGAACCCCGUCUGCACUUCUCAUGCAUCGCCUGUGCCCUGCUGAGCCGACCCGCUGCUGCCUUCCUCCCAAUGCCUCCUGGUGACCCACCCUGUUUGCAAGUCAUCAGUGGACAUAUGACAUCUAAAGUGUGACAGAUGGCACCUUCUAUUCUGGGCUCAUGGGAAACACCAACCAGGGCGGAUUGGCUGUGUUUCGGGUAUGGGGUGCAGACGAUCCCAAGGCUGAGAGCUGUGGAGAACUGCAUCCUGAGGGUGCUGGACCGUGAGAGCCUCUUGGUUAAAGCCCAAGGACAUCGCAGUGACUUCCGGCCCCCCGUCCUGGGGGAGCGCAGCGGAAACCAGGGGCGGUGUCACGAACCUCCCAUUCCGAUCAUGUGCUACGUGGGUGUAGUUAACAGAUUAGCCUCACUUAUGUCAGUAGCUUGCCUAUUGCUGCUGUGCUCGGUUUGUUAUUAAUUGAGAAGUAAUUAAUUAAGAAGUUACCAAAUCCGGCCCCCAGAGCUGGCAGGGGCCUCAAAUUCAGCUUGUUUGCUUUUGCUUGACUUUGAUUCCAAAGCAAGGACCCCUUCUUCAGCCUCACUGACCACGUGGUCACAUAACCCUGAGUGGGCCCGCCAUGGUGGGGCACUGGCUACACUGGGCACCCUGCAUUAGGGAAGGGGGCUGGAGGGGGGACAUGAGGCCUGGAUGAGAAGCAGGGCGAGCGGGAAUGUCCUCUGCAGAAGCAGUGGUGGCAGGCCUGGCGUCAGGAAGGAGAGCCCACACUCCCUUCUGAAAGACCCUUUCCUUGUCUCUGUGUGGGUGUCCAGGCAGCCCCUCUCCAAGGGGAUGACCCAGGGAGUGGCCUUGGACAAGUUGGGGUCCAGGACCAUUGGCAACAGGCAGAAAGGACCUGGCAAAGCCAAGCUCUCCCAAGCACUGUUAGAUGUGGGGGUUAACAUGGCUCUUUCCAGCAGGCCCCCCUGUAAAAGAUCCUGAGGACCCUAGGAAGAGUCUGCCCGCACACCCCAUGGGUGGAGAGUGGAAGCCUCAGAGGGCAGCCCUCAUCAAAGCCCCCAGAGUCAAGCCCCUUCCUUCCUUCCCACCCAGAAGUCCACCUGGCCCCCACACCUCAGGGGAGGCUCUGCCAACUCCCUCCCACCCACACUCCCGGGGCUCUGCAUCAGUCCUCACAUACAGGAAGAGAAGGCGCAAUUUCUGGCCCUGGGGGAGGGCACAGACCUGACUGGAAUGGUCUUCCUCUGCCCAACAGCAAAUGUCCCCACCUUUGAAGUCUGGCUCAGAUGUCCCCGCUGCAGUCUCCCAGGCGGAAUGAGCAGCCCCCUCUGUAUACUUCUGAGAGCCUGCGGCGCGACAGCGCUGGUUCCCAUUCCAGCUGUGAAUUCUUUCAGGGUCUGGCGUGUGCUGGGUCCGUGUUGGCCCCUCGGCACAGAGCAGGGCCCAGCCGGUGCUUGUUGCCGUCUUAGGAAUGUCCCGGGGCCCCACACUGCCGGGCUAGCUCUCCCCUAAUAAGCUUGUCUUCCCUUCAGCCUGCGAAUGCCCGUAAGCAUCACGGAUUUCCAAACCUUGCCAAUUCUCAGAGCACCUCUCUGUCCCCGGCUGGGGCCUGGGGGCUGCCCUGUGACCAGGAGCAGACAGGGGGUCCCUUUCAUCCAUAGCCCUUUGUGCCCAGGCUCAGUGCUUGGCUGCGAUGACGGCCCUGGGCCCCUGUGGAUCAGCCUUAAAGAUUAAGGACUGACUGCCGGGCUGGAUGGGCCUCACACCUGCUCAACUCGGACAUCCGGGCUGCCUCUUCACUUUGGGGUGAGGUUGUUGGACUCAGAGCAGGUCACCCCGAUGUGAGUGUGGUCACCUGGGGGUGGGGAGAGACAAGAUAGCACUGUAGAUGUUUGGGAUGGUGUUCCAGGCUUUUCCAGACCAGCUCCUUUCCAUACGUCCCAGGUCACCAGGUACCAGUGCUCCCACCCUCUCAUCUGCCCCAACAAGCCUGUGAGGGGAAGGUUCUCAUCGCUGCCCUUUCAUGGACGGGGAAACUGAGACCAGGAGGUGAAAGGGACUUACCUGAGACCUGGCAGCUUGUGAAAGGCGGGGCCAGGAUUCACAGUCCAGACCCCAUGCUUCUGCGUCAGCACCCCAGUAUUCCCAACGACCCUGUGGGGACAGGGUUGGGCUCAUUUUACAGAUGCAGAGACCCAUGUCUCAGGAAGGCAGGGUCUUUGCUCAGCUAGUGCCUGGGAGCUCCGGGGACCGACCUGGGGCUGUCUGACCUGCUCCUCUCCCGCUGAGCACCCAGGAAGGUUGUG